AUGUCUACCUUUCACAUCGCAGUCUUUGUCGCCUUGAUAGGCACUUUUCUGGGAACAAAAAUCCAAUGUGCUCCACUGAUCGAGGAACUAAAUCCUGCGCCACUCACAGAUUUCUAUAAAUUAUUUAACAACCCAGAUGCGCAUCUGGCUUUGGCCAAGGCCCCCACCACGAUUGAUUUUAUCGAGGAACAUGGAUACCCUGCCGAGCGCCAUUAUGUGACUACUGAAGAUGGUUACAUCAUAAGUCUCUUCCGCAUUCCCUACUCCCACAACCUUAAGAAUCAGGAUGUCAAGCGACCGAUUGUCUUUCUCCAGCACGGUCUCUUCGCUAGCUCCGAUAUAUGGCCAAGUCUGGGACCGAAUGAUGGCCUCCCAUUCCUCCUGUCUGAUGCAGGCUACGAUGUCUGGUUGGGAAAUACGCGGGGCAAUAGGUUCUCCAGGAACCACACCUCUUUAUCCACGAAGCAUCCGAAUUUCUGGCGUUUCAGCUGGCACGAGAUUGGAUACUUUGAUAUCGCCGCAGCCAUCGACUAUACAUUGUCCACAGAGAACGGAUUGGGUCAGGAUGGAAUUCACUAUGUGGGACAUUCCCAGGGCACCACGGUAAUGCUCGUUCUGAUGUCCUCAAGACCAGAAUAUAACAGGAAGAUCAAAACCAGCCACUUGCUGGCUCCUGUGGCUUUUAUGGACAAUAUGGAUGACUUCAUGGUCAAUACUUUGUCUCCAUAUCUGGGUUAUAACAACGUCUACUCGACGCUCUUUUGCUCUCAGGAGUUUUUGCCACACAAUGACUUUGUCCUGGCUUUAUUCUAUAAUGUUUGUCAACCAGAUUCGGUGGUGUCCAGUUUUUGUAGCGGGACUGAGGAUACUCAAAAGGAGGAAGGACGAACUAACGCGACUGCUGAAUCGUUGUUUUCUGGAGUUUCGCCUGCUGGUGUAUCUACAGAUCAGAUUGUGCACUACAUGCAGGAGCAUCAAUCGACGCAUUUCCGACAGUUUGACUUUGGCACCAAAAAGAAUCUAAAGCUGUAUGGCAGUGAAGUGCCCCCAGAUUACCCCACCGAGCUGAUUACAAGUAAAAUGCAUCUCUGGUACUCCGACAACGAUGAAAUGUCUGCUGUGGAGGAUGUCCUUAGAUUGGCGGCCACAUUGCCCAACAAGGAGAUGCACCACAUGGAGGAUAAGCUCUGGGAUCACAUGGACUUUAUCAACAACUGGAAAGUUCGCCAGUACAUCAAUGAUCCGAUAAUAGCUUUCAUUAAUGAGUACGAGACCAAGUGAUAGGCAUACAGCCCAUGCCCAAAACAUGUAUAUAUAUUAUAGUUGUCAUAAUCAACAUUUAUGUAAAUCAGAACUUAAUCUUAUCAUUAGCGGAUACAGCUGAAACGCCCAUAAGUGGAAGCACUUCUUUGCUGAAAGUAGCUCCACUGAUUUUCAUUUAGCACUUGAAACCCUCCUCCUCUAUAUAAAUAUUUAAAUCAUUAGAACUUA